CGGACAGGACAGAGGCAGGAGUGCACUCACCUUCAGCCAUGAAGGGACUCAUUUUAGCUCUGUUUGCGACUCUUGUCGCAAGCAGCCAGAUUAACUGGGACCCUGACUUCAGCAGCAGUAAGACUUACGAAUACAGCUACGAUGGUCUUCUACUUUCUGGUUUGCCUGAGAAAGGAUUAGCAAGAGCGGGUUUGAAAGUGCAAUGCAAAGUGCAGAUUAGUGGUGUGGCCCAGAAAAUGUACCUUCUCAAGAUUAUUGACCCUGAGAUCAAGGAAUACAAUGGCAAUUGGCCCAAAGACCCAUUCAGUCCAGCUGAAAAGCUAACCCAGGCCCUGGCUUCACAGCUUCAAAGACCAAUUAAGUUUGAAUACUACAAUGGUCGUGUGGGAAACAUCUAUGCUGCUGAAGACAUUGCUGAAACUGUUAUCAACAUCCAACGAGGUAUCCUGAACUUGCUGCAAGUGAACAUCAAGAAAACCCAAAAUGUAUAUGAGCUUCAGGAGGCUGGAAUUGGAGGCGUCUGCCAAACAAGCUAUGUGAUUCAGGAAGAACAAAAGGGAAAUCGUAUCAUUGUCACCAAAAGCAAGGACCUCAAUAAUUGUGAGGACAGAGUCAAGAAGGACAUUGGCAUGGCUUAUAUGGAACAUUGCGCCUACUGUCAACAGCGAGGAAGGAACCUUCGAGGUGCAGCUGCCUACACAUACAUCAUGAAACCAUCAGACACUGGAGCUUUGAUCACUGAAGCUAAUGCUCAAGAAAUCCAUCAGUAUACCCCCUUCAAUGAAAGGAAUGGAGCUGCACAAAUGGAAGCUCGCCAAAAACUUAUUUUAGUCAAUGUCAAGAACAACCCAGUCAGAGCAGUUGAUAUUCAACUUGAAAGGCGAGGAAAUCUGCAGUACGAGUUUGCUUCUGAAGUGCUUCAGACACCAAUUCAACUCUUCAGAGCUAAAAACCCAGAAACUGAGAUUGUGGAGACUCUUCAUCACCUAGUCCAGAAUAACCAGAAGGAGGUGCAUGCUGAUGCUCCGGCUAAGUUCCUUCAGCUGACCCAGCUGCUACGUACUGCAAGCCAUCCAAACUUUGAGGCCAUCUGGAAACAAUUUGAAAACAGAAGAGAUUACAGGCGCUGGAUUCUAGAUGCAAUCCCAGCUGCUGGAAAUGCUCAUGCCUUGAGAUUUUUCAAAGAGAAGAUCCAGGAAAAUGUCCUCACUACAGCAGAAGCAGCUCAGGCACUUGUGACUCUCAUGCAUCUUACAAAGGCGGACCAUGACACCAUGCCACUUGCAGCAGCUCUGGUUAACUCUCACCAUGUUCAACAGUCACCAAUUCUCCGUAAGAUCGCUUUCCUAGGGUAUGGCACCUUGGUUUAUAAGUACUGCUCCGCCCGUGAGAACUGCCCUGAGAAUUUCCUUCAGCCCCUUCAUGACUUCGCUGCUGACGCUGCUAGCAAAGCUCACGAGGAGGAGAUUGUUCUUGCUCUGAAGGCUUUGGGCAAUGCGGGACAGCCAGCCAGUAUCAAACGCAUUCAAAAGUUCCUGCCGGGAUUCUCCUCUAGCGCUUCUCACUUUCCAGUCAAAGUCCAAGCAGACGCUGUAAUGGCUCUGAGGAAUAUUGCCAAGAAAGAACCGAAAAGGGUUCAAGAAAUAGCUGUCCAGCUCUUCAUGGACAAGGAUCUUCACCAUGAAGUCCGAAUCAUGGCCUGUAUAGUCCUGUUUGAAGCCAAACCCCCAGUGGCCCUUGUGGCAGCAAUAUCAGAUGCCCUGCUAAAGGAAACCAGUUUACAACUGGCUAGUUUUGCUUACUCCCACAUGAAGUCACUCAGCAGAAGCUCGGUUCCAGACUACCAGCCAGUGGCUGCCUCAGUCAAUGUAGCUAUUAAACUUCUGAGCCCCAAACUUGACCGUCUAAGCUACCGUUACAGCAAAGCCAUUUGUAUUGACACUUUCAAAACCGAAUGGAUGACUGGCGUGGCUGCAAACACUUUCAUCAUCAACAGCCCUAACAAUGUCAUCCCUGCCGCUGUGAUGGCCAAAGUCCGUGGCUACUUGGCUGGAGCUGCUACAGACCUUGUAGAGGUUGGCGUGCGGGCCGAGGGUCUUCAAGAGGUCCUUAUGAAACAGCACAUCCCAGUGAAUAGCAUGCCUUCCGCAAGCAAGAUGGAGCGCAUCAUCAAGGCUCUCUCAGGAUUCAAAGCUUUGCCUUCUAGCAGACCCCUGAUGUCAGCUUACGUGAAGUUGUUUGGACAGGAAAUUUCAUUUGCUGACCUCAACAAGAAUGCAAUUGAACAUGCAAUGCAGCUGGCUACUGGUCCACUAGACAGACAUGACACUUUGAGAAGGGUGGUGCAACAGCUUCAGGAUGGCGCGGUGGCACAGUGGUCUAAACCAGUACUUGCUGCCGAAAUGCGCAGGAUUGUUCCAACUUGUGUUGGUCUUCCCAUGGAAAUAAGCCUGUACGCGUCAGCCGUUGCAAACGCAGCUAUAAAUGUUCACACCCAGAUUUCACCAUCGCCCUCCGGAGAUUUCAGGCUUGCCCAAUUGCUCAAUGCCAAUAUUCAGGCUCAGGCUGAAGUCACUCCAAGUGUCUCUGUUCACACCAUUGCGCUUAUGGGGAUCAACACUCAUUUAGUUCAGGCUGGAAUGGAAAUAUACGCAAGAGGCCGCACUGUCAUCCCCCUCAGGUUUACGGCUAAAAUUGACAUGAAGGAAAGAAAUUUCAAGUUUGAAGCCUUACCAAGUCAACAAGAAGAUGAGCUUGUGUCCGUAAGUGCCCGGGCCUUUGCUGUCUCAAGGCAUGUGCAAGAUUUAUCUGAGAAGAAAACCCCUGUAAUACCUGACUCAGCUAAAGUGAGCAUCUGGAAACAACAGUUUACCUCUGAAGAACAGACUUUCUCUCCACGUCUGCAUGGCAUGUCAAGACUAUCUGCUGAAAUGCAGUCUGUAGAAGUGCCAUAUGCAGUAGACCACUCACCAAAUCCAUCACGCUCUUCUACUGCACAGCAUGCCUGCUACAAGGCAACAGAGUUUGGAUUCCAGGUGUGCUUGGAGGGCAAAUCACAGUCUGCUGCUUUCAUCCGAAACUCACCUCUUUAUACCAUUGUUGGUGACCAUAAAGCCAAGAUUGCUCUUAAACCAGUACACACAGAAGAGCCCAUUGAAAAACUUCAGAUCGAAAUUCAGGCAGGUGAGAAGGCAGCUUCCAAGAUCAUCAAGCUUAUCACACUGAAGGAAAUUAAAGAAAAGGAAACACACAAAGGGUCCGAGGCUGCAGUGCAGAAGCUUAUGGAAAUUCUCAAAACUGAUGAGAGUGCUCCAAAGAACUUAACUCAGAGAAGCUCCUCUUCAUCUUCCUCCCCAUCAUCAUCCAGCUCUCAAAGUAACAGCAGCUCUUCAAGCAGCUCCUCCAGUCAACAGAAUGAUAAGAGAAAGCAAAAUCUGAAUGUCAAGAGCAGGCGUCGUUAUUCCAGAUCCUCCUCCUCUUCUUCAUCCUCUUCAUCCUCCUCCUCAUCUUCCUCUUCAUCAUCAUCAUCAUCAUCUUCUUCCAGUAGUCAAUCUUCCAUGCGACGACGGAAGAACAAGGCAGAUGAGCUGAGCCCUGAUGAUCAAAAGGACCAAAAUUCAAGGAACAGACGGAGAAACAAGAGUAGCAGCAGCAGCAGCAGUAGCAGCAGCAGCAGUAGCAGCAGCAGUAGCAGCAGCAGUAGCAGUGAAUCCUCCAAUGCCAGUCGGCAGAAGAAGAAACGACAGCCAGGAACUAAACAGGCCUGGAGUGUGAGCAGCUCUGUCAGCAGCAGCCAGUCCUCCAGCGAGUCCAGUCAGGAGCAGAUCCGAGAUCCAGAGAUUUAUGAAGUCAAGUUCAAGUCUGCUCACGUCCAUCAGCACACUAAUAACAGACAGCGCAGCAGCUCCAGUGAAAGCAGCAGCAGCAGUAGCAGCAGCAGCAGCAGUGAAGCCUCCAGUUUUGCUACAGCCACCAAAAAGCCUAGGUUCCUUGGAGAUGCUGUCCCUCCAGUGCUGGCUGUUAUUCUUCGAGCUGUGAGGAGUGAUGGCAGGCAGCAGGGCUAUCAGGUGGCUCUCUACCAUGAUUCUACAGCACACAAACCAAGACUGCAAAUGAUGGUGGCUGACAUGAAAGAGAAGAGCAAGUGGCAGAUCUGCAUGGAUGCUGUGAAGCUUAGUGACCAGAAAGCAACGGCAAUGCUGAAAUGGGGCCAGGAGUGUCAGGAUUACAGGAUGUCAUUUAAAGCAACGACCGGACAAUUAUCAGCUCACCCAGCUGUCCAGAUUAAAGCACAGUGGUGGAAGAUACCCAGACGAGCUAAGGCUAUUGGAAAAAUGAUUGCUAAUUAUGUGCCAGCUGCAGCUUAUUUCCUAGGAUUUUCUGAGCGCACACAGAGGAACCCAUCAAGGGAAAUGACUGUCAUUUUUGCAGCUACUUCUACAAGAACCAUUGAUGCUGUGGUUAAAAUGCCAAAGUUGACGGUCUUCACCCGUGCUAUUAGCAGUCCUAUUGCCUUACCUUUUGGUCAAAACCUCAUCCCUGGAUCCACACAGUCUGGAUGGAGUAUGGUCAACAACAUUCCUUAUAUGCUGGCUGAAGCUGCAGCAGGUCACUGCACACUGAAUCGCAGUAAAAUUAACACAUUUAACAAUGUAGAGUUUGAUGCGAAAUUGCCUGACUCUUGUGAGGUUAUCUUGGCUCAGGAUUGCACAGAAAACCUUCAAUAUGCAGUGCUGUACAGAAAAAUGGACUCUUUGAAACGCAAAAUGCUGAGGGUUGUCGUGGCUAACAAGAAUGUUCAACUGUCUUACUCAGGUGAAUCAGUCAACAUCCAACUGAAUGGCCAGAAUGUUCCCAGCCUACCUUACAGUGACAGAGGAGUCUCAGUACGCAGAGAAGGCAAUGGAGUAAUCAUAGAAGCGAGUGAACAUGGGCUUAGAGAAGUUUACUUCGAUAAGAACCAAAUCAAGAUCCAGGUGGCUUCCUUGAAGAAAGGAGAGACUUGUGGUUUAUGUGGAAAAGGAGAUGGUGAGACCAGAAGGGAAUACACCAUGCCCAGUGGACGCUUAACAACGUGUCCUUCAGCCUUUACUCAGAGCUGGACGAUCACAGAAGAAACUUGUGAUCAGGACUGCAAGCUGAAAAAGGAGUUUGUUAAAUUGGACAAGGAGAUCACUAUUAAUGACAAAAAUGCCAAAUGUUAUGCCACCGAACCUGUGCUUAGAUGCAAACCUGGUUGCACACCAACAGAAACUACAACUGUUCAGGUUCCUUUCCACUGCAUCCCUACAGAUUCUACAGUGAGCCUUGUUGAAGAAGAUUUAAGUAAAAAGAAUGAUGACAUUAAGGAACUCGUGAAUGCCCACUUGUCAUGCUCCUGCACCAGGCAAUGCUCUUAAAACCCAUUUCUCUUCAACAGCAAAAUCUUGUUAAUUCAGGAUUGUUUACUGGAAAAUGCAUGAUGAUGAGUUCAAUGUACAUUAACAAGUUAAUAAAUGCAAGUUAAAGACA